AUGCCCAAGCGAAAGAGAAAACGGGAAUCUUGCGGGCCCAAGAAGAAACAGAACCGUGCUUCAUCAGGUUUAAAUACCCAUAAGAAGCGUACAGAUCCAUUCACCCUUCUUCCCUGGGAUUGCGCCAGUAUUGUCCUGCAGUAUCUGGAUAUCCGGGAUCUUGCCUGCUGCGAACAGGUAAGUAAAGGCUGGAGGAGCUUUGUGCAGCACUGGCUGGUCGUUGCCGGUCACCAGUACUGUUUACCAGACGGGUGGAGGCCAGAUAUCCCAAAUCCAAUAACUUACGAGGACGCGCUUGCUGCUGUAAAGAAAUCAGUUGUCGAGUACGCCGCGUUUAGGAAACUCGCGUCUGGAAGCGCAUCUUGCGGCCGUAGGCACCAGACCUGCGACACAGGGGUCUUCGACACGAGUGGCAACUUCACAGUCUGGCAUACGGGCGAUGCCAUCUUCUACCAGAAAUUGGGGUUCCGGGAAGACGGAUCUCUGUAUCCAGUCCAAAGGUUGUCGUUGAGGGUGACUGGGGAUAACCUCCGGUAUUUGGCCGUGAAUCAAGACGGUUAUCUAUAUCUGCAAAUAUGCCGUCCGAACAACCAUCCUGUGAGGCCGGAGGAGUUUAGGGAUUAUGUCUUUGCAUUGGAAACAGGAGAGCGGCUGUGGAAGCGACGGGCGUCACCCAACGCCAACUUAUUUGCACUUGGGAGAAAGAGGAUUUACCUUGUCGGUACUGACCCCCAAAACCGCCACCUAACAGCACACGAUAUAAGAUCUGGCAAGUUGCUGUACGAGGUUCCAUUCCCGCACCCAGUCUACAUGUCCAAGCCGCCUAUACCUGUCCAGCAGCCAGGAGGGGACGAAGCUAUAAUCCACAUCGACGCUGUUCCAUCCGGAAGAAGCAUUUCUUCCGUGGACGGCAUUCAGGUUAUCAAUGGGAAGGAUGGCACAGUUGUUCAAACGAUUCCAACUCGCAUUUGGUGUCACGGUUCGCAGCUAAUACCACAGACUGGCGAACAAGGUGGUUUCGCCAUCCUGAGCCACCAUCGCACCAGUCACUGGUAUGUCAAAAUCCAGAAGUUCUCUCAAGACGCAGAGACCGGGGCCUUUCGAAGCAACAGCACAGAGAUCCUAGACUUGGGUCAGUAUCCCGACCAGAUCAGGCAGAUUGGCAUCGAGCCAUAUAGAUAUCUGGCCGUGAGUCUGGAAGGGCGCCGUGUAUUACCACGGAUAAGAACGAUACGGGAAGCCCAAAGCCCGACUAUCGAUGCGCGUGGGUUGCCCGCUGAUGGCGCGACCAGGGUUGAUAGGUGGCUCUGUUUAGGGCCGGGGCAAGAAGUGACUCUUCCCCAGAAGUAUAAGCACCAUAGAGCGCGCCGGCUGUUCAUCCCAGGGCCCUUGGACUAUGACCCGGAUAGCUGCAGGUUGAACUUUGCAGGCUGGGACAGAUUCGUCCUGUUUACUGAGCCAAGACAGUUCUACUGUCUGUUUGAUUUCGCGUUCAGAGUGCCCAGCAAUAUGCCGUCAAAUGUGACCCCUGAUCCAAUGACCUUGGAGAUGCGCUAA